GGAACCGUGUCACAAGUCAACCCAACGGUGCCUGUGCCUAACCUGGAGAUCACACUCCUCUGUAGAAGUUUGAUUGUCACAUAAAACACCUUCUGGGCUUGUGUGGGCCACUCAUCCACCCACCAUCCAUCACUCAUUGCCUCUGGCUUAGAGAGCUGAUCACAUAGAAGAAUCUUGCAUCUCGGCUAGGAAAUGUUAAGCUUAAGUCACUACAGGAGACAAGAAGAAGGAAGGCAAAUUCCAGCCUUUUAAGAAGUUGUUUGGCAAAAAGAAAAAGAAAGGCACUCUGUUGUCUCAGGAAGAAUCGACUGGGAGGCAGAGUCACUCGUCCCAGAGUGCCAGCAAUGGGACCUUCUCUUCGGAUGAGGAAACCCUGGAGAGCAAUCUGAGGUCCUUCAACUAUUCUAUGGGAGCACGGGCGUUCUCCCAUGACAGUAUUUUUAUCCCUGAUGGGGGAGCAGAAAGUGAGCAGACAGUUCAAGCAAUGUCACAGGACAACAUCCUGGGCAAAGUCAAAACUCUUCAGCGACAGUUGGGCAAGAAUAUCAAGUUUGGGCAGCGGCCGUCUAACGCCAUUCCCAUGAAGAAGGCAGGCAGUGCGGACGCUAGCUCGGAGGAGGACUUCGUCCUCACCAGUCCCAUGGAGAUUGUGACCCAGCAGGAUAUUGUCCUCUCAGACACGGAGAACAAAUCCAGCGAUACACCAAGUUCCUCAAGUCCUCUGAAUCUACCUGAAGCCGGAAGUGACAUGGAAGAGAAGGUUGCUCCAGUUAAACCCUCUCGGCCAAAAAGGCACUUGUCUUCUGCCGGCACCAUUGAAAGUGUCAACCUCGAUGCCAUCCCCCUGGCCAUUGCUCGUCUGGACAACAGUGCUGCCAAGCACAAACUCUCUGUGAAGCCAAAAAACCAGAGGGUGUCAAGGAAGCACAGGUGGCUUGCUCAGGACAGACAGAAUGAACCAGGCAGCUUUGAGAGUCAGUCCUCCCUGGACCAGAACGGGCAGCUAGGAGAAGACAAGCAUAUCUGGCACGGAGAGGAACCAGAACCUUUGGAAUCCCACGAAGAGAAAAGACUGCAUGAAGAGUAUUGGCGGGAAUUGGAAGCCAAGUGCAAACGGCAAAAGGCCGAGGCCGCUGAGAAGAGGCGCCAGGAAGAGCAGAGGCGGCAGGCGCUGGAGAGGAGACUUUGGGAGGAGAGCCUCAGACAGGAGCUGCUGGAGGAGGAGGAGGAGGCCGGGGAGGAAGGAGAGGAAGUGGACCUGCAUCUGCAGGCAGGGAAGGCGCCCCCAGAGGAAGGGCGGCCGUCUGGUCCAGAGGAACAGCGCUGUGCAGAGCAAGAGAAGGGGGAAGCCGACGACCCCUCCCGCCUGGAGGCAGGAGAGCGCAGGAGUGAGCAGGAAGAGGCCGAGAGGCAGGCGGAGAAACUGAGGCUGCGCGAGGCCGAGAGGCAAGAGGAAGAACCGAGGCAAGAGGAAGAACCGAGACAGCGCGAGGCCGAGGAGAGGCAAGAGGAGGAACUGAGGCAGCCGGAAGCUAAAAGGCAAGAGGAGGAACUAAGGCGGCGCGAGGAGGAGGCUGAAAGGCAGGAGAAACUGAGGCAGCGCGAAGCCCAGAGACAAGAAGAGGAACUAAGGCAGCUGGAGGCUGAAAGCCAAGAGGAGGAACUGAGGCAGCGCGCUCAGGAGGAGGAAGCCGAGAGGAUGCUGCAGAAGGAGGAGGAGGAGGAGGAGAAGGAGGAGGAGGAGGAAGAGGAGGCCAAGCGCGUAGAAGAGCUGAAAGAUCGCGGAAAGGAGGCACCAGAGCCGCUGGUGGAGGAAGGCCCGCAGAAUCCAGACGGGGAGAGCCAGCCUUGGCUAAGGGUCGACGCCGACCAGCAAAGCCCACUGCAGCGAGACCUCGAGAAGCCAGGAGAACAAGAAGACCUGGGAUCCACAGGGCAGAGAGAGAUCGCAGAGAAGACAGGAAGAGAGGCAGAGCCGGCCAGCGAACAGGCAGAACAGAGCGGAGACUUGGGCGCGCACUGCGGUGGUGUAGACGCGGAAGGAAAAGAAGCCGCUCAGACAGACAGUCCUCAGCCGCAAGAGAGACAGAUGGAAGGACCACCGGCCCCAGAGGAGAAGGAAGCUGCGGCGGCAGACCUCGACCGAAAGGUGGAGGAGCUCCGGUGGCAGGAGGUGGACGAGCGGCAGACCAUGCCCCGGCCCUACACGUUCCAGGUAUCCUCCGGGAGUAGGCAGAUUCUCUUCCCCAAAGUUAACUUGAGCCCGGUGACACCCGCCAAGGACACGAGCCUGGCCCCAGCGACCCAGGAGCCGCCCGCGCCCGGGGGUGCUGCUGCGGCCUCGCACGCCCUGCCCUCGGCGCUGAGCAUCCCACACACGGCCAUCCUGGUCACCGGAGCGCAGCUCUGCGGCCCAGCGGUCAACCUGAGCCAGAUCAAGGACACGGCAUGCAAGUCCCUCCUGGGGCUGUCAGAAGAAAAGCGGCCGGUGGACGUCUCCGCGGUGGAGCCCAGGGCCGGCGGCGGGAAGUCCAGGCCUGCCCCAGAGUCACCGAGCAAUGUGGCUGCGCUAGCCGAGUGGGCUUCCAUUCGAUCCAGAAUCCUGAAGAACUCGGAGGGUGACCCGCGGGGCGACAGAGAGCCGGCCAGAGCCGGGGAGGAGCCAGCAGCACCCCGAGCGCGGUGCGAUUCCCGAGGGAACGUACGCAGGACGCCGCCAGUCAAUGCCAAGUUCUCCAUUAUGCCUGCCUGGCAGAAGUUCUCGGACAGCGCCGUCGAGACCUUCAAACAGAGCCUGGACGGGGACAGUGGAAGGAAAAAGCCGGGGGUAGCUCCCAGCGAAGAGGUGGCACCCCAGCCUCCGCCAUCGCCCGCAGCGACUCAGCCCGAGGUAAGCCAGGACCCACCAGACACCACUGACGGAUGCAAAUUUGCCAAAGACCUUCCAUCUUUCCUCGUUCCAGGCCUGCCUUCUCCGCAGAAGGCUGCGUCCCGCACGGAGUCCGUGACCACCGUGGACAGCGAGACCACGAGUGACGUAGGAAACGCAGACCCUGCGAUGCCGGGAGGUGAGGAAAAGGCCUUGCCCUUUGGAAUAAAACUGAGAAGGACCAACUACUCCUUGCGCUUCCACUGUGACCAACAAGCCGAACAGAAGAAGAAAAAGAGGCACAGCAGCACAGGAGACAGUGUGGAUGGGGCCACCCCCGCCACAGGGAGCGCCCCUGGAGAGAGAGAGCCUGAAGCCACGUUCCUCAAACAUGGCCCACCCCUUCCCCAGGAGAGAAAGCCAGCCCUAGCCCCUCGAAAGGACUCUGCUGAAAGCCAUUCUAGCGGUCACUGUGCUGCUGUGGCCCAGUCUGGGAUACCACCGGCCAGUGGCAAGACCCCAACUCCAGAGCAAGACAAGGCCUCAAGCAAAAUGUCAUCCAUGCAGAAGCCGGCCCUAGCUCCCAAGCCUGCCAGCCAGACCCCACCUUCAUCCCCGCUCUCCAAACUGAGCAGACCCCACUUAGUAGAGCUGCUUGCUAGGCGAGCUGGGAAGCUCGACUCCGAGCCCAGUGAGACUGCCAAGGAGAACCACCAGGAGAGCGGUGAUAACCAGCUACCCUCAACAUCACUGCUGGAGGAGCCGAAGGGGCAGAAGAGGGAUGAGAAAGAUGUGCCAGAAAAGAAGCCCGCUUCCCCGCCUCUACCAGGCAGCCAGCAAGAGAGACCUUCCCUAACUCCUGAAACAGGUAGAAAAGAGAAGCCCGUGCUCCAGAGCAGGCACUCUCUAGAUGGCUCCAAGUUGACAGAGAAAGUUGAAACUGCUCAGCCACUGUGGAUAACAUUGGCGCUACAGAAGCAAAAGGGAUUCCGUGAGCAGCAAGCAACUCGAGAGGAGAGGAAGCAAGCCCGGGAGGCCAAACAAGCCGAAAAGCUCUCCAAAGAAACUGUCAGUGUCAGCCUGCAGCCUGGAAGCAGUCGGAUAAGCAAAGCUGGUUCCCUGCACAAGCCUGCUGCUCCACCUGAAGAGAAAAAGCCAGAAACGGCAGUGUCCAGGCUCCAGCGCAGAGAACAGCUGAAAAAGUCCAACACUCUUCCCACGUCUGUGACAGUGGAGAUCUCAGACUCUGCGCCCCCAGCACCACUGGUAAAAGAGGUCACCAAGAGGUUCUCCACCCCAGAUGCUGCCCCCGUGUCCACAGAACCUGCCUGGCUGGCUUUGGCCAAAAGAAAAGCAAAGGCCUGGAGCGACUGUCCACAAAUUAUUAAGUAACCAGUGACUCUUACCCAUUUCUGUGGCCAGGUGUUGGCUCUUCUCUUGCCCUUUUUAUUUAUUUAUUUUUUAUAUGAGGUAACAGCACCAGGCUAGGGAAAAGAAGCAUGUUUUAUAGGCUCUAAAAUAAUGUUUAGAAAUGGAACUGGUGGUGUUCAUUGUAAAGAGUGUAUUUGCACAACCCUGGGUCCUGGUGCCUUGAGCUCCCCCUAGUUCUCAAGAGAACAGUUUUGUCUGAGGGACCACGUGAAGCUAAACCUGCAAGCGAGAGCUACUCAGGAGAGCCACCAUGCCCACCCAUGGCCGUCACAUAUGCAUACCCAUGCACCAUUUCAGAACAUGUCCUUUUGCCAAUCUUUGUAAGUUGGUUUUUUUUUGUUGUUGUUGUUUGUUGUUGUUGAUUCUCUUCUAUCCAAAACAUUGACCCUACUGUGUUUGCAUAUGUAACAGUGACAGGUUCACAUGUACAUUACACAUGGUGUCACUCUCCUGAAUACAGGAACUGGAAAAUAAGGAAAAGCUGGCUCCCAACUCUGUGCCUAUGUCUGGUUUUCAUGAAUCCCCCCACACCCUAAAAACCAUAAUCCACUCACACUCUUCCUCCGCUCAAUCCGUGGUGUGCCCCAUCUUACCAGUACCCUUUUAAAGACACAUGCCCCAUUUGGCCUAGCUGGCUCCCAAGGAACAUUUGUAUUUAACCUGGCGAAAAAAGGAAAUUCUGUGUUAGACUUGUCUCUGAGCAUCUCUACAUAGUGUGGUGGCUCACCUGCAGCCCAGGCUGCAUCCCCAGGCUCUGGGAACAGAGGGCUUAGGAUAUACAUUUUAGGGAAAACUCUUCAGAUGAGUUCUGUUAUAACCCAAAGGUUAAGAACCUUGGGGUAGACUGGUGUAGUUGAGCUUUUCACACUGUGAGGACAAGGCUUGCCCACCCAAAGAUGCAAAAGUGAGACAAGAAAAUUUUUUUAAAAGUCACCCCCACCAGCCAUGUAUGUACAACAGUUUAGGUUGCUGGCAUUCCAUGGCUCUCAAGUUUUCCCUUGGCCUUUAGAGAAAAUGAACAAGCCAAGAUGUGCAACCUAUUUGUACUAAGGACUUCCAGCAGAGAAUUUCUUUUUCUUUACUGUACUUGAAUAAUUCAGAGUAGAAUGUUCCAAAGCAUUUACAAUUUAGAGCAUUCACCUUGAUACCUUUAAAAAAAAAGCAUCUCAGAGUUUUAUGUGGCCUUGUUAUCAUACACAUGUGCGUACAAAGAAGGGACUUGGCCGUUUCAAAGCCACAUGUAUUUGUUUCUCUAGGUUUGCUUUACAUGACACUAGGCAUACCAGCAAAUGCCCACACGCUGCUGGCACGAGCUUUGCAUUUCACACUGUUGGCCUAUUUUCCUUUUUGUGGAUUCUUACUCUAAAAUGUCGGUGUGGCUUCUUUGCCCAGUGCAGGGGGGUUACCCCCUUCCCCCUCCCACACUGACACGUCUUAAAGCAUCCAUUACUCCUCCUCCUCUGUGCUGACUCAAUAUGCAAUGUGCUGUUAUUCUGUCUGCCCUACAGGAUGACAGGGAUGCUGUUUGCCAUAUAGUAACCAUUUUUCUCUUUAGAAACAAUAGCUCGGCUUCAUGAAGUAGUUGGCGUGUGUGGUCAAGUGGAUGGCUGUACUAUUGCAAAUUGGAUUUAGUAUGAUAUAUACU